AUGUUACCACCUCUUUUACCGACCCCAACGACACCCCAAUUUACCAACAAUCCCCCCCCCCCAUUGAACUCAAAAACUCAUACCACCAGGAGGACUUUAUCUCCUGCAGAAUUUGUUGAUAAGAGAUCAAAGGCCUUAUGUUUCUUUUGUGAUGAAAAAUUUGAAAGAGGGCACGUGUGCAAAGGAAAGAAAUCGCAACUCUAUCAUUUGGAGUUUGAGGAAGAAGACGAAGAAGAAAUGGUAGAAGAAGAAACUGAAAUUAAUACAGAGUUGGCACAUAUUUCCUUAAAUGCAAUAUCUGGCAUAUCUUCUUUCCAAACAAUGAGGUUGACAGGUAUGAGUCGAAAGAAACAGCUACAACUGUUGUUGGACGGUGGUAGCACUCACAACUUUAUUGAUAAGGAAGUGGCGAUAUUGUUGAAUUGUUCAAUUCAUACAGGACAAGACAUGAAGGUUAAAAUACCAGGUGGUGGUCAAUUAGCAUGCAACGAGAUUGUAAAAGAUUUUUGUUGGACUAUACAGGGAAUGGAGUUUAAAGCGGAUGUUUAUCUAGUUCCGUUAGGUGGGUGCGAUAUGGUCUUGGGAGUACAAUGGUUGUCAACUUUGGGUCCUAUCUUAUGUGAUUUUAAACAUCUUACAAUGCAGUUUAAUUACCAAGGGAAGAAAAUGGUUUUGAGAGGAUCAAAAAGCCCAAAACUAAGCAUCAUUAAAGCUCAACAGUUAGGUAAAUUAAUGCAUACACAUGGUAGCCUUGCUAUGAUGCAACUACGUGCAAUGGGAGAAUCCAUACCUAACUACCAGAUGAACACGACACCGCCAUCAAAGAAUCAGAAACUCCCACUGGAACUUCAACUCUUGGUGUCUAAAUAUUCAUGUGUUUUUGUUGAACCCACAACUCUUCCACCAUCAAGACAAGAGUUUGAUCAUCGAAUACCCCUCAAGGAGGGAUCUUCCUGGAAUUCGGAUGAAGGUCUUCAACUGUUGAUUAAGAAUAAGGAAGAUAAUUCAGGAUCACAUAAGCGUUACUCGUGGCAAGGAGGUGAAUUAAGAAGAAAAGGAAAACUUGUUGUAGGUAAUGUACCAGAUCUGAGAAACCGGUUAAUAAAAUGGCAUCACACGUUAGCUCAAGGAGGUCAUUCAGGUGUUACAGCUACCUACAAAAGGCUUAAGAGACAUUUUGGCAUUCCUCCUGGAACCAUAAGUGCACCACCUCCACUAAAUGAAGGUACAACAUGCAGAGAACCAGAGGCUUUGAUUGACAAAAGAAUGAUAAAGAAACAUAAUCGGGUGGCGGUAGAAUGGUUGAUUCAGUGGAAAAACCAACCUGCUGAAGAGGCUACUUGGGAAGCUGCAGAAAAGAUUAUGGAGUUAUUUCCAAAUUUUAAAGCUUGGGGUCAAGGAUUAACUGAAGAUGGGGGUACUGAUACGAACCAAAUAUCUGGCCCAAGCUCUGGUAUAUCCGACUCAAUCCCAAGUGCAGGAAUGGCCCAUUAG